AUGGCUCAACAGUUCCGCGCUGGAGGCCGCAGCAAUCGCUCUGGUCGCUCCCAGGCCGAUCAUGAUGUUUUCGAAGGCCUUCCUGUUCGCCAAUGGUCUCAGUCAGAGACCAUUGUAGGUCUUCCGCCACCAACAGAGGUUGCUCAAGGUGGUGACGCAUUGCCUGAGUUGCCCAUGCCACGUGACUCACACCAGCUGGCUCCUUGGACACAACAACUGCUGCGUGAAGCAAGAAGACCCAGACUUGCAAAACGACCCCAGGAACCUACCGAAGACGACAAACAGGAAGAAGAAGAUGAGGGCGAACCUGUCCAAACGGGCUGGCAAUCCAAGAAGUGGAGCCAAGUGCCUUCUCACCUCGAAAAGCCCGAGCGCGAGUUCCUUGCUAAACGCCGCAAGGGUCUUCCCAGUCUGCACACACAGAUAGCACUGCAAGCAGCAAAUGCCGUGGCUUCGUCGGCAAACACACGCAAAACCAAGAUUAUGAAGUCGGACGCAGAUGGCAACACUACAGUCUACGAAGUACUGGUUGCUGAAGGUCAAACUGUCGAAGGCGAAGUCGCAGAAGAUGCCAUCAUGGCUGAUGCCGCGCCAGUACAGGCAGCUCCUGGUACAGUUAUCGAAGGUGUUGGCAUUGCCAAUGCUGAAGGUGUCAUUGUUGCAACCGACCUACUUCAGCCACAGCAACAACCAUUGAGACGCAAACCUGUUCCUCCACGCAGAAUCAGAAAGGGUGGACCUGGCCGUGGCAAGAAGAAGGUCAUGUUCAACCCGAAUGAUGGACACAAUGCCGCAGCAACCUCGACCCCUGGAGGCGGAGCUAGCGUCGCCACACCCUCGACUUUCAAUGCAAAUGGAGACGACUCAGCAAUGGAUAUCGACUCUACCCCGAAGCCUGACGCCAAUGAUAACGAUGAAGGCGAUGAUGAAGACGGCGAGGAGGGCGACGAAGGCGACGAGGAUGACGAUCGCGAAGAUGGCGAAGUCAGCGAAGGCGAGGAGCCUCAGGAAGAGGAACCCGUUGAAAGCACAGCUGCUGUACCAUCAGAGCCUCAGGCUGAGGAGCCAAUCCCGUCAGCCAUGGCACAAGCAGAGGAGAUCACCGCACCAGCCACCGAGGCGACCGAACAGACUGUCUCUGAAGCCGUCGAUGCAGCAGAAGACAAGCACGAAGCUCGCGAGGUCACACAGGACAACGAGGGACCCGAAGAAGUCGCAGAAGAGAAGCAAGAAGCUGUAGAAGCACUUGGAGAUAAGGACGAUCCCAUGGAAACGGUUGAUGAGAAAGAGGAAGCCGGAACAGCAGUGGAGGAGAAGGAAGAAGUCGGAGAGCCAGACGCACCAGCUACAGAAGAGAUCCAGGAAACCGAGGAGGCCGAAGCACUCAAAUCACCACAGGGUCCCGACGACACGACAGCAAAAUCGGAGGAAGACACAGUCAUGAAAGAGGCAUCCGACAAGGAGACAGAAGCAUCGUAG